AUGCCAGUCUCCGCAAUCAUCAUUGGCGCUGGGCCAUCUGGCGUUGCCAUGGCCCACAAACUAAAGCAUGAGCUUCAGUUCGACGACUUCACCAUUUAUGAGAAGAUGGACGGUGUUGGGGGCACUUGGCGAGCGAAUUCUUAUCCUGGCUGUGGAUGUGAUGUUCAGUCAACUCUGUACUCCUUCAGUUUUAAUCUAAAUCCAGAUUGGUCGAAGGAGCUAGCUGAGCAGGAAGAGAUCCUGCAGUACAUUGAAGACACGGUGGAUAAAUUUAACUUGCGCCCUCAUAUCAAUCUCGGAGUGGAAUGCAUCGGCUCGGAAUGGGACUCCUCCAAAAAUCAGUGGCAAGUCCGCCUGAGGGAUCUAAAGACGGGCAUAGAGUUCACACGGACUGCCACAAUGUUCAUAUCAGCAGUCGGUGGAAUCUCCGUACCGCGAGAGGUACACUUCGAAGGAAUGGAGAAUUUCAGGGGUCCGAUCUAUCAUACCGCACAAUGCCGCCAUGACGUGUCCUAUGCUGGGAAGAGGGUGGCUGUCAUUGGCAACGGGUGCAGCGCCGUCCAAGUCGUUCCUGCAUUAUCUGAGAAGGCUGAGUACGUCAAACAGUAUGCCCGCAGCCCCCAAUGGUAUCAUGAGCGCCCCAACCGUCACUUCACCGGCUUCGAGAAGUGGUUGUUCCGUACUGUUCCUCUCCUCAUGCGCCUGCGCCGUUGGAACAUCUUCUGGUCCAUCGACAAGCAGUCGUAUGCUUACCGUGGGACAGAGGCUGGUGUCCAGCAGCGCUUGAAAGAGGAGGAAGUGGCUCGAGCCUAUAUCCGCCAGAAGGCGCCAGAGAAAUACCACACAAUCCUCACGCCCGACUUUGAGCUUGGGUGCAAGCGAAAGAUUGCUGACCCGGGCUACCUCGAGGCCCUUCACCGGGACAACAUUGAGCUUAUCCCUGAAGGUCUUCAGAGGGUCACCGAGACCGGGAUCAUCAGCUCCUCUGGCAGAGAAGAUGAGUAUGAUAUCAUUGUUCUCGCCACCAGCUUCAAAGUCUCACAGUUUCUGACGCCCAUGGAAAUCGUCGGCGCCGAUGGCAAUACCCUCCAACAGCAAUGGAACGAGUGCCGAGGAGCGCAGGCGUACCUCGGGACCUUUGUUCACAACUUUCCUAACCUUGCCAUCCUAUUUGGCCCAAACACAUUCCCCGCGAAUAACUCGGCCUUGUACGCGUGCGAAGUCCAGGUAGACUACGCCGCGAGGGCACUGGUGAAGCCUCUUAUCGAUGGAAAGGCCAAUGUCGUCGAGGUCAAGGAGACAGUGGAGAACCGCGCCACCAACGAAAUUCACUUGAAACUCCGUAACAGUGUAUUCUCCGGCAAAUGCACCAACUGGUAUAUCGGAGAGUUUGGGCGCAAUGCUGCGUCUUGGCCUUGGAUGGCCAUCGAGUUCUGGUUUGCCACCCUCUUUACCGAUCACAAGGUAUUUGUUCGAAAGGGCGGCGACAGAAUGUGGUUCGUUAACAGCUUCCGGCGCUGGCUGCAGACCUUGGCUCCCCUAUUUGUAUUGUUGGCAUCUACAGUGGCUAUCUAUGGGCUGAGCAGAGUGGGAAUACCUGCACAUCUGGCAGCUCUUCCAAACCCAUAUCUGAACGCAACGCUUCGAUAG